CCAAAAUUCAAAAUCAAUGAAAGCCAGCGAGACGGCGUCGUUUAAGCAUUAUGUAUCAAUUACAGUAUAAGUACAUUAAUUACAUAAUUAAUUUGUGUUAAUCCCAAACAACAGCUCAUUCCUAUAAAUAUCUCCUCGUUUCUACCUAUCUUUUCGUCAGCGCAAAUCAAUUCAUUCAUUUUCAUAACUGAAACGAAGCCGAAGAAUUCUCCCUCGAGAGAAAAAUCAGUCAAAUCACCUUCAAAACUACUUCAAUGGCGACCAAGGUUUACAUUGUCUAUUACUCUAUGUACGGCCAUGUACACAAACUCGCUGAGGAGAUCCAGAAAGGAGCUGCAUCUGUAGAAGGAGUAGAUGCUAAACUCUGGCAGGUCCCUGAAACACUGUCGGAUGACAUACUUGGUAAGAUGGGUGCACCACCAAAGAGCGAUGUUCCAAUCAUCACCGCAAAUGAGCUAGCUGAAGCUGAUGGCUUCAUUUUUGGCUUCCCCACAAGAUUCGGGAUGAUGUCUGCCCAGUUUAAGGCUUUCCUUGAUUCCACCGGUGGUCUUUGGAGGACUCAGGAGCUUGCUGGUAAGCCUGCUGGGAUAUUCUAUAGCACUGGAUCUCAAGGUGGUGGACAGGAAACCACUGCUUUGACUGCCGUCACUCAGUUGACUCACCAUGGCAUGAUAUUCGUCCCAAUUGGCUACACAUUUGGUGCUGGUAUGUUCGAGAUGGAGAAUGUGAAGGGUGGUAGCCCGUAUGGUGCUGGAACUUAUGCGGGAGAUGGUUCCAGACAGCCUACAGAACUCGAAUUGAAGCAGGCAUUCCACCAGGGCCAAUACAUCGCUACCAUUACAAAGAAGCUCAAGGGCAGUGCUUAAGUGACGCUAAGAAUAACAUACAUACAAUGGAUCAUACUUAUUAGAAUCACACAUUAUUUGUUUUCAUUCAGUUCACAUCUUGAUUUUGUGUCUUUAAAUUUCAAGUGCUUGUUCUUUGAAUAAAUGCUGUAAAAAUGUUUUGACUAUUGAAUCAUAAAGGUUGUUGUGCUGUUUUUCAUUCAAUGAGAUUGUUUUCUAAGUAA